UUUUUAAAUGCGUGCAGACGAAAAAAAGGAUCAAUAAGUAAUAUGAUCUAAUUUCCUAUAUAUAUCGAUAUAUUCAAGGUUGAAUUUCAUUUAUAAUAUACGAAGUUAACGAAUGUAAAGAAGAAGUUUGAAACAUUAAUUUAGAUCUAGAAUUGAACCUUUUUGGAUUGUUUGAAUUUUUAAUAAGUGAUAGACUCUGUAAAAUGCCACCAAAGCCAGCAGCUAGAGGAGGGGCAGCCAAGACUGUCACAAAGACUCCAGCCAAGUCAGGUGCUUCUAAAUCAGGUGCUACAGGGACAAAAACAGGUGCAAAAACUGGUGGGACAGCUAGUAAAGGUGCGACUAAAGGGACAGACAUAAAGAAAGUCGAGGAUGAAAUGGCGAAGGUUUCCAUCAAACAAAUUGUAGUUCCAGAAAAUAUUAAACUGAAGGAUGUUGCUGGUUUAUUGACACCAGAUGGAUCAGAGGGUAUCGGAAAGAAAAUUAAGGAUUCGAACAAAUGGCCAUUUCUGAUCGAUCACACCGAUGGAUAUAAUAGUCAGACGUUUUUCAAGUACAGAGAUGUUAACAUGCUCAGUGUUUUUCCUGAAUUUCACAAAGAAACACUUAGAAAGGCUUUAAUGGGGGCUCUCAGGUUCGGAAAGCCUCUUAUAAUAGAUGUGAAACAACCAGAUCAGAGUACAGUGAUGGACAGGGUACGAGACACAUGCAAUGACAUAUAUAACGGACUCUGGGACGAUAUUAUGGACAGAAGUAUACUGGAUUUUGAAAAAUGUGGAAAAUUAUAUCAACCUAGCGAUGAUUUAGAAUACAAGAAUUCCUAUGACUACAGAGUGUCAGACUUUCAGUUUAUAGUUCUCACGAAUGUUGACCCACCUUCGUCAGCAAUGGACUCGUUCUUUCCUGUAACAGUAGAAUAAUAGAGACCGUCUUAUAUAUUGCUGCCAUACAAUUAGAAAGUAUUGUAUUGUAAUCAGCAUUUUCUAAUACUUCGUCGAUACCGUGCCAUUGAAGGACCCGUGCCACAUUAGGACAGUCACAAAUAAUUCUAGAUUCAUUUUAUCCUCCAUAUUUUGAUAUGACUGUAUGAUUUGUUAUAUUACCUAUAAACUAUUUGUUACACACUAAUUACAAUGAUAUAUAAAGAUAUCAUUCAAUUUUCCGAAUUGUGUUAACAGGUAAAUAUUUUAUUGUAUUUUACAUAAAUCAUAAUUUGAAGUAAGCGUUAUCAGUAAUUGUAAUCAAAUUUAAUCGAUUACAUUUUGUCAUGUAAUCGAAAGUAGUCGAAUAAAUUUGGAUAUUGUAGUAGUAAACAUACAUUAAUUAAAAUCGCAACCAAAAGAUUACUUGCAAUUACAUGUAGAAAGAUCUUAGAUUUAUUGCACCAAUUAAAUGUGGUUAUUUUA